AACUAUAAAAGAAUGAUUUAGAGAAAUAGAAGACACUUUGCCUCUGAGCUCAGUUCCAGUCCCUGGAGGGCAGCGGGCAUCAGCCGAGCACCAGGGAGACAACCCAGGCAACAGGACAUGUGGCUGCUCCCGGUUCUGUUCCUUCCCGUUGUCCAAGGCUCAUCUGUCCUUGUAGCAGUGCCCAAUGCAGUGAGCGGCCCAGCGCGGGGCUCACUGACCGUGCAGUGUCGCUAUGAACCCGGGUGGGAGACCUACAGUAAGUGGUGGUGUCGAGAAGUCGAGUCGUCAAAAUGCUAUAUCCUCGUUCAAACCAAUGGAUCAGAGCAGGAAGUGAAGGAUGACCGAGUGUCCAUCAAGGACGAUCAGAAAUUGCGCACAUUCACUGUGACCAUGGAGGAGCUCAGGUGGGACGAUGCAGACACUUACUGGUGUGGGAUUGAGAGAAGUGGACCUAACCCUGCGGCCAAAGUUAAAGUGACCGUUGACCCAGUGCCCUUGUCAGGCUUUGGCAGCAAGAGUAUGCUAGUCUCAUUAAACGGAUUUGGGAUUGUAUCCUCUUUUCCUAUGUCCUGGAAUUUUUUUGUUGACCGUGCAGUGUCACUAUGGCCCAGGGUGGGAGCCCUACGUGAAGUCGUGGUGUCCGGAUGCUGAUUUGAAUAACUGCGCCAUCCUUGUCCUAACCACUGGAUCACGGUUGAGGAAGAACGAGCUGUCCAUCAAUCAGAAAAAGCACACGUUCUCCAUGGCCAUUUGGGGCGAGUAAAACAACUUUUGAGAACAAUCAGCUGUUGUUUUGAUGAGUUGCUGCCCAGGUGUUUUAUAAUAUGGCAACCCUGCUCACACUCGAAAUCCAGAAUUUAGAUAAGGACCCCAAACUUAGAAGUCCUCCAUUAUUUCCUGCUUUGCUUUUCCUGGAGCACAUUUCAAAAUAACCACUUGGAGUUGAGCCCGUGAAAAACCAGUCCUCUCUGUCUUGACCACCCUAAAAGUAACAGGACCUGCCACCCUGCUCUGUCUCCUGCUCGCUCCUGGUCUGGGGUGGAGGACUGCCCUUCCCAAGCUCACGGGGUGCCUCUCCCCUGGAUCUGUAUGCAAUAAAUUUUGUGACUCUCCUUC